UUCCAGAUCAGAUAUCCUGUCGAACUUAUUAGCUUUGGAUAAUUUCGUUCUGAACGAAAGAAUUACUCGGCCAGUAAUUGGCUAAUUCUAUCAGAAUUCGGAUUUUUCGAGAUAUCUCUAUGUAAUUUGUAAGAGAAAAGGAAGGAAAUUAUUGUAGAUGGCAUUCUUGACGAAUUUGUUUGGUGGUCAAACCAAUGGUACACAUGAAACGGAUAAUGCUGCAGAAGUUGUGGAAAACCUAGUCGAAAGAGUAGAGACUUCCACGGUUCCUGAGGAUCGACGUGAUGCUCUGAAAGCAUUGCGAUCACUUGCUAAGAAAGUACGAUUGCCAGUUGCCGCUAUAGGUAUGAAUGUUUAUAUGGAGAUUCUGGAGAAGGAAGGUAAUAGUUCGGAGAUUGUAUCUAUCGUCCUUGAGAUACUAGUAGCUGUUCUGUGCGAUGAUGAUUUUCCCGAUGAAGGACAAGAUGAAAUUGGUGAACGGCUUGCGGAAAUGAUAGUUCGAAGAAAAACAUUUAUUACAUCGAUCAUGACACUUGUUGAAUCAUACGAAUUUGCUGUUCGAAGAGCAGUAAUACAAUUAUUAACAGCACUCUUGCGACAUCGCGCUAGUGAAGUACAAACAGCUAUUGUUGAAGAACCGAUGGGAGUAUCUCGUUUAGUGGAUUUGCUUCACGACACCAGAGAGAUAAUUCGUAACAGUGCAGUGUUAAUGAUGAGUGAGCUAAGUCGAGCACAUCCACAGAUCCAACAGCUUCUGGCUUAUGAAAAUUCAUUUCAACUUCUUUUUGAUGUAAUCGAUGUCGAACCCAUGGAAAGUAUCGUCAUUGAAGACUGUCUUUAUGUGAUUCUUAAUCUCUUACGGAAAAAUCCGAAGAAUCAGCAAUUGUUCCGAGAAGCCAGUUUAAUACAGCGUUUGGCAGUACUAUUGAACUCUUUCUUAUAUGGGCGAGAAGGUGAACAGGAUUUACCACAACGCGAUUUUGAAUGGCAAAAGCAAAAAAUCGCAAACGUGAUAUUUUUACUUCAAGUUGUGCGAAGUUUGAUUGCUCCACAGGAUAAUUCACAGAGCAAUACACAUGCCGCACAGAAAGCCAUUUCACAUUCAGGAAUGUUGAAAACUUUAUGCAGUGUUUUGUUGUCCGAAAUUGUGGCAACAGUGGAAGUUCUUACUGAAGCUAUCAUAACUGUAGCAGAGGUGAUAUGUGGUGACUAUCCAAAUCAGGAAUAUUUUUCAACUUGUAGUCUUGCAACCGAUGUGGGGAACAGACCAGCACUAAUUGUUCUUUUAUUAUCAAUGAAUACUGACAAGCAACCGUUUAAACUACGUUGUGCUGUUUUUUAUUGUUUCCUGUGUUAUCUGUAUGACAACGAAUUUGGUAAAACAAAAAACGUAUCGAAAAUUCCACAGCUGUUACUGUUGGAUGAACAGUGA